CAGAGAGCCGAUACCCCCUGAAGUGGACCGAGAGGACGAGAGAAACCCUCCGCGAGUCACAAGAGAGAGAGAGAGAGAAAACAUCCUCCUGUUGCUCCAACUGCUACUCCCAGCAGCUUUUAACCAAGUCUUCUCAAAAUGGCCGUGAUGCUGAAGCCAUGGACGGUGCUGGUGGCGGUAGUGCUGUGCAUCUUGGUGUGUUUGGGGACCCUGGCCGACGCGUACCCGCCCAAACCAGAGAACCCCGGUGAAGAUGCCCCUCCCGAGGAACUGGCCAAGUACUACACUGCCCUGAGACACUAUAUCAACCUGAUCACCCGGCAGAGGUAUGGAAAGCGUUCAGCCCAUGAGGAUAUCAUGGCGGAGCUGCUCUUUGGCGGAGACAGCAACAGAGACCAGAGAUCAAGAUAUGAUGACUCCUACGUGUGGUGAAUUCAUCAAGUCUCCCUUCCGCCACAUUUUCUCCGGGUGUCUCCCACAAUGCACCUGGAGGGGCCGGCAUGUGCCUCUCACCUCUAACCCCGAAGAGCCUGACCACAAUCAUGACCAGUAACCAUGCCUGAACCUGCACACAACCUCUCUCUCUCUCUCUCUCUCUCUCUCUCUCUCUCUCUCUCUGGUUCUCCUUGUAGGCCUUCCUUCUCCCUCAUCUGUACCUUCCUUCGUCUCUGUUUUCUGUGGCUCCAGCUCACAUCUUCCUCAUGACAAGAAAAUUGUAUAUAAUUUAUUACUGAAAUGCAGGUGAAUAGUGAAUCAGAGCUAUUAAUCAAGAGGUGGAAUCCUGUCUACAUGUGUGGGUGUACGUCAGCGUCCUGUCUCAGAAUUACACAUAAUGUUUUAAUGUCGGUACUGUAAAGAUGAAUGUCCCAAUACAUUAAUAAAUACUUUUUCU